AUGAAUGAAAAUUAUAUCACUAUCAAUCAGCAACUUGGACAAUCUAUACCUUUGCAACAAGAUCAAUUUCCUACCUAUAAAGAAUUUGACUCUAUUGUUCAAGAUUACCUUCAGAAUUUAUCUUCCAAGAAGCGAGACAAAGCAUUGAUAAAUCAAGCUCGUUAUUCUAUAAUUUUACAAGUUCUUAGAGAUCCUCGUAAUACGGCUGUCUCAACUGCUCAAUUUAGAUUUUGGGUAAAAAAAAUGUUCCAGUUAAAUACGAGACAAGUUAUCUGUCAUGAUGGUAAGCCGGUGGCUAUGCGUGAACAAAUUUAUAGUAUUUUGGUAAGAGCACAUACCGAAGCGCAUCAUGGAGGUAGAGAUAAAACAUCUGCAUUGGUUCGUAGAAGAUAUUCUUGGAUUCCAAAAGAAUUGAUUGCUCGAUUUGUUAGACAUUGUCCAUUUUGUAUAUCUCGGAGAAAUGGUACACAACAAAGUCCUUUAUUUAUUGAAGAACGAGCUUCAUCUUCUUCUGAAGAAAUGAUGAUGAUGGCGGCAGCAGCAGCUUCUGUAGUAGCUCAACCAGUAGAAACACAGCAAUAUGAUUUUGAAUGGCCAAAUACUGCUACAUUUAAUAAUCAACAACAAACGUCACAAUUCGUUAAAGAAACGUUUAAUCCUGAUUCACAACAACACCUCGAUAAUUUUGAUAUAAAGUUUAACCCAUUAAUAACUACAACAUUUGAUAUGCUGUAUGAGGCGCCUGUAGUCAAUAGUCAUACAUCACCUUCAUUAUCGCCGUCUUCUUCUUCAACUUCAGCUACUUCAUCGCCUAUACAAUAUAAUGUAUCUGAAAAUAAUUAUUUUCUUCAUUCAGUACAGCAACAACAGCAACAAUCAACAACAAGUCAUAUUUUACUCUCUCAUCAGCUUUAUUAA